UGUUGUGAGCUACAGUAUGUAUAAAUCUCCGUACCCCUCGCUCUCUUAGGAGUAUCAAUCGGUGUGGUGUCAAUCACAGCGGCGGCUUCCCUUUCAUCUCGAUCCUCCCAGUCGCUGCGAGAGAGAAGGCAGAGAGAGAAGAGACAGAGGACCGGGAAGGAGAGCUACAUUUCUUACGGAGCGGUGCUCCAGUUUGGAAGUCGGUCCACAGCGUAUCGGUUUAUAACGCACUCCUCGAUCUUUUGUAUAGUUUAUUACUUUUUAUUUAGCCGUUAUUCAGUUCAAGUAUGUAUGUUCAUUCUAAUAGGGAUAGAUGCGCAGUAUUGUUUAAGUGGGGGAAAUAAAUAAGUGUUCUACUUGUGACAAACAGGCAGCACGAGAUUCAGAGACGCGUUUUUUAAAUUAUAUUUUUCCUUAUUUUUUUUCCCACGAAAGGACUGCAACUCUCACAGGACCCCAGAACGAGGAAAUAUAAGCAAAGUUGUUUUCUACAUGCACUUUGACCGUUAGCGGAGCUCCCGGGUGUGUGCCCUCCUCUGCCAAAUCUAACGGCACAUCUGACUCUUGUGAUGAGGUUUUGACUUCUGACAUUUUAAAGAGACGAACUGGCGAGUGCCGCGGGUUGAGCGUGCACUACACAUCCGCUUUUGCCGAUAACAUCUUCAAUUUCGGAUAUUUAGAAUUUGAAUCAUUGUAAGAAUCCAUAAUAUUUCGAAAAACAACGACAAAAAAGGAUCUCCUGUUAAUUUAGCUAAAACAAAAAACGUGAUCGCACGCAGUUUCCUCCAGGGUACGGAGCGCAACACUUCAAGCCGCUUCAAGGAACAUUUUUGGUUUCCUUUUGGGGAUUUCGAUAGUUCCUCCAAUUUGGACAGUGCGAGUACUUCGACUGAAUCAAAAUGCCACAACUAGCAGGUGGUGGUGGUGGCGGGGACCCUGAGCUUUGUGCCACCGACGAAAUGAUUCCGUUCAAGGAUGAGGGAGACCAAGAACAAAUAUUCGCAGAACUCAGUCACUCAGAGGAAGACGAGGGAGACUUGGCAGAUAUCAAGUCAUCUUUAGUAAAUGAGUCAGAGACGAGUCCAAACAGCAAUCAUGAUGGAACUAGACAAUCCCAAAUAUCCCAAGACUCAUAUCAUGAAAAACACAGAGACCAUCACGACGAUGGGAAACACCUAGACAUGUACAACAAAGGUCACCAAUACUCUGGAUACCCAGGUUACAUCAUGAUGACUAAUAUGAACAACGACUCCUACAUGAACAACGGCUCCCUGUCGCCGCCCAUGCCCAGAACGUCCAAUAAGGUUCCGGUGGUGCAGCCGUCGCAUGCGGUCCAUCCGCUCACCCCCCUCAUCACGUACAGCGACGAACAUUUCGCCCCCGGACCCCACUCUGGACACCACCCCCAGGAUGUCAACCCCAAACAAGGACAGUACCACUCAUCCUGUCUCUCUACAGGCAUGCAGCGGCAUCACCCCGGGCCGGACAUGACCAACUUCUACCCCCUCUCCCCUGGAGGAGUGGGACAGAUCACGCCCCCACUGGGAUGGUUCUCCCACCACAUGGUCCCGGGUCCCCCCGGCCCCCACGCCACAGGGAUCCCCCACCCGGCCAUCGUCAACCCCCAGGUCAAACAUGAGCCCCAGCACGACAACGACCUGAUGCACAUUUUUGCCAGGAAGCCUCAGCACCAGGAUCAGAGGAAGGAGCAGGAGCCCAAGAGACCCCACAUCAAGAAGCCGCUGAAUGCCUUCAUGCUGUACAUGAAGGAGAUGAGGGCCAACGUGGUGGCAGAGUGCACGCUCAAGGAGAGCGCCGCCAUCAACCAGAUCCUGGGACGGAGGUGGCAUGCUUUAUCCAGAGAAGAGCAAGCUAAGUAUUACGAGUUAGCCCGCAAGGAACGGCAGCUCCACAUGCAGCUCUACCCAGGCUGGUCCGCCAGAGAUAAUUAUGGAAAGAAGAAGAAGCGGAAGAGGGAGAAGAUACAGGAACCGGCUGCAGACCCCCAUAGAACUCCAUUCGACCCCUCCGCCCUCACUAGAGUGGGCUUUCAGAACCACCAUGCAGGUACAGGCCAGAGAAUGAAAACGGCGUACAUCUGAGCAUAAAUGGAGGAAAACGGAACGCUUUCUCCACAUCGUGCAAAGCGAAGGCAGCAGCUAUGGCCCCUCUGUUAGAGAUGGAGGCCUGCUAGAUUCCAUCUUAUCCCCGACCCCCAAGCCUCAACUCCUGUUCUCAGAGGAACUUGACUUUAUACUCCUCUCCUGCAGUGGACUCUCCUAUCUGCUGUAGAAACUCUGAACUGAACAAGACAAUCACUACUAAAGACCAUCCAACCGCAUGCAAACCCCCAGCCCCCUGACUCCCCAGCCCCCUCACUCCCCAGCCCCCUCACUCCCCAGCCCCCUGACGCCUUUUUUUCUUCUUACAAGCAGCUCUAUCUCAAUCCAAGGCACUGCACUGAAAACAGUUCAGCGAUUUCACUUUGUCAAACACAAUUAACACCUCCCCAAACAUACCCCAACACCUGUUUCUAAGUUAUUCCUAAGUUAUUUGCCACCUCCGUUCCUUUCCUUUGUACAGCCCACUAUGUUCGACCCAUCAACACUCCCCUUUCCCCUCUCUCACUGGAUUUCAGACCACAUGUUUGGGUUGCGGCCUGACCCAACACCUCUUUAGACUGACUGCACUAUCACAAGGAAGAUGGAAGGAUGUCAAUCACAUGUUGUCAAGGAAACAUCCUCUCACGGCUCCUGUCCUCCAUUUUGUUUUUAUUAACGACUAGUUGGUGCAAAAAAUAUCAACAUUUUAUGAUUAUAGCUUUUACUUUUGAGUUGGAAUUAAUUGAAUGCUUUUUUUGUAUUUUGAACUUGGUUUAAAUUUCUCGGUGUAUAUUUUCAGUGAAUGUUUUUUUGUUUUUUUUAUAUAUAUAUAUAUAUACUGGUAUAUAUGAAAAUAAGCUUUGAACACAGGAAAGCCAUUUGUUUUCUUGUUAAAGCGUCUUGCAGAAAAAUGAAAAUUAAGGCUUCUUUUGAUACUAUUUGUAACAAAUAGUGACCUUGACUCGAGUCUUGCUCAGAUGUAAGAUAAAGCUCAGUAUGUGUACUUUUUAAAGAAACUGUCAGGAUAUGUCACUUUUCUUGGUAUUUUUGCAGGCAACGUUAGGACAAAGGCAAGUGGUUGCUCAGAGGCCUAUAUUUUAUUGUUCUAAACUGACAAAUGAAGCAGAUAUAUAUUUACCCCAGCACUUGGCAGUGUUCAUUUUAUUGCCAUCAGGGUUGGGGUCAAUUCCAGUCAAUUCAGAAAGUUAACCAAAUUCCAAUUGCAAUUUGACAUUUUCCUGGUUGGAAAGCAUUGAAGAGAAGUUGGAGUUGGGAUUUUAAUGUACUUCCUGAAUUGACCCCAAGCUUGAUUGCGAUGGACUUUUCUCUUCUCUAUCUGGUAACUGUGCUCUUUUUGCCCAUGUUGUUUAUUCCAUGCAUUUCUGUAACAUUUCAUUGAUUUUAUGCUCUAUUUUUAGUAUUACUUGAUGCAUUUUUUAUUCAUUGUCGUAUUUUGAAUCACUGUCAUCUUGGUAUAAGCACUUUGCUUCCCAAGAAGGUCACAUUUUAACAGUUUCAACAUGUUUUGUUUUUUUAAGAAAAAUAAAAAGGCAUUGGCUCA